AGGACUGCUCGGAAUUGGUUUCAUAAUUACCGUCAGUCUCUAAUGGGAGCUGAGAGAAAGAAAGAGGAAAAAAACAAAAAACAAAAAAACCCAAAAACAACAACAACAACAAAAAAAAACUUUGCCUUUACUUCUCAGGGACCAGGUAAAGCCAGGGAGUGAGUUUUGGCUUGCAGGGAGUGGGGGAAGUCUUCCCAUCCUAGCUCCUCCUUCCCCACCACAGUCCCGCGAGCUUAGCUGUGAUUGCCUCCCUCCUGUUUUUUUGUUUCGAGCAAAGUAGCCAAAGUAGCUGCUACCAAUGUGUACUUUAGGAGAGAAGCAAGUACUGGUCUUGCUGCAGCUAUUAUUCCUCUGGACCACUCAGGCUUUGGCUCAGGCUCCAACUCCUUUUAUCUUACCCCUGAAAGUCUCUCCAAUAAAGCUAAAUGGAAAUUUGCCUCGGCCACCCCCAGUAACUGUAUCGCGAGCAGCACCAUUUAGGAAUGACUCUGGGGGACGUCUGAGGCAUGUGGAUGCUGAGGGGUUGGCGUUAGCGCUAGACCCAGCGAGGGGAUUGGUCAACUUCUUACCCAUGAUAGAUAAUUUGCAAGGAGAUGCUGGCCUGGGCUACUAUCUGGAGAUGCUUAUUGGGACCCCGCCACAGAAGCUCCAAAUUCUUGUUGAUACUGGAAGCAGUAACUUUGCUGUGGCAGGUGUCCCUGAUCCACAUACAACUUCAUACUUUGACAUUGAGAAGUCUUAUACAUAUCAGUCCAAAAAUUUGAAUAUCAAUGUUAAAUAUACUCAAGGAAGCUGGACGGGAUCAGUUGGUGAAGAUGUGGUUACUAUUCCUAAGGGAUUCAAUAGUACCUUUCUUGUUAAUGUUGCUGUCAUUUUUGAAUCAGAAGAUUUUUUUUUACCAAAGACUAAAUGGAAUGGAAUACUUGGACUUGCCUAUGCCACAUUAGCCAAGCCAUCAAGUUCAUUGGAGACAUUCUUUGAUUCCCUUGUGAAGCAAGCAAAGAUCUCCAACAUUUUUUCCAUACAGAUGUGUGGUGCAGGACUACCAAGGGAUGGAACUGGUACCAAUGGAGGUAGUCUUGUCAUGGGAGGAAUUGAACCAAGUUUAUAUAAAGGUGAUAUAUGGUAUACAACAAUUAAAAGGGAAUGGUAUUAUCAAAUUGAAAUCCUGAAAUUGGAAAUCGGAGGACAAAACCUCAAUUUGGAUUGCAGAGAGUACAAUGUAGAUAAAGCUAUCGUGGAUAGUGGCACUACUCUGCUGCAUCUUCCUCAGAAAGUUUUUGAUGCUGUGGUUAAAGCAAUUUCCCAAACAUCUUUGAUUUCAGAAUUUUCUGAAGAAUUUUGGACUGGUUCGCAGCUUGCAUGCUGGAAAUAUGAAACACCUUGGUCAUAUUUUCCCAAUAUUUCCAUAUACUUUAGAGAUGAGAACUCCAGCAAAUCAUUCCGUAUCACUGUCCUACCUCAGCUUUAUAUUCUUCCUGUAUUGGGAAUUGACUCAAAUUAUGAAUGUUACCGGUUUGGCAUCUCAUCUUCUGCUAAUUCUCUCGUAAUUGGUGCUACCGUAAUGGAAGGUUUCUAUGUUGUGUUUGAUAGAGCUCAGAAGAGGAUAGGAUUUGCACUGAGUUCUUGUGCAAAAGUUGAUGGUGUUCCAGUGUCUGAGAUUUCAGGACCUUUCUCAACAGAUGACAUAGCAAGCAGCUGCAUCUCUUUUUCAACUUCAAAUGAACCCAUUUUGUGGAUUGUCUCAUAUGCUCUUAUGACUUUGUGUGGAAUUAUCUUCCUUGUAUUAAUCAUAUUGUUAUUUCCAUUCUGUUCUCUGAAUUGCUCCCGAGAUCGUAAUUUAGUCAAUGAUGAAUCAUGUCUAGUCCAGCAUCGCUGGAAAUGACUAUCCUGAUCCAGACCCAACGGAUUUGAGGGUCUACCACUAACAGUUUAAGUGAAAAACACAACAAGGACUUCAAGGCAGGGUUUUCUCCUAUAUAUAUUAUAGAAUCAAAUCAUUUUUUCUUGCUUUAUAUCAUUCAGAUCCCCAUGUUCCAAAUUCCUAUGUCUUAUGCCUUAAUUGUAAAUCUUUCAGUUCUCAAAGGGGAAAAAGCUGUCCUAAACCAAAAUAUUAUAAUUGAGUUUCAGGCUCUGUGCUGCCAUGAAAAUAGCAGUUCUGAAUUAUUAAUUAUUCCUGCCAGAAUAAUUCUAAACCAGUUAUCAUUAAAGACAUUUACAUUCACUCACAAAAAAAACAUAAAUAACCUUCUUUAUUUUAUCUGCUUUAGUUAUUUCCCCCUUCAUAAGCCAUCAGAACCAAAGUAAACAAACAUAUUUAGAUUUCACUUUAAUGAGUAAAUUAAAUUUCACAUUUUUCAAUGGAUAGCAGAUAUUUAUGACUAGAUUUCAGUGGACUUCUUCAGCUUUCAAAACCGUGGAAGAAUUUCUUCCUCAGAUACACAGCUUAUACUUGAGGCUUAUGCCUUAUUAUUUCAAAGGUAUUAUUAUUAUUCUAGUUUAGCUAAAAAUACAAAAACCCACUUAUUUUCAGGAUAUUCAAUUUCUAGGCAAUAGGAAUUAGAUCAAAAUUCCUUUUUUAUUCUUUAUAUGUGACACUGCUCUGAAGUAAGUAGGAAUGAAGAAAAUUUGUGAUUGCUAUUUAUUCAGUCCUUAGAUAUGGAGCUGAUGGCAUUAUAAAAUGAUUCAAUUGUAUCAUUGCUUUUUAACAUUUCCCCUUGCCUUUUCUCCUCAUGUUAUUUUAUGUCUAGUUAUUAUUAUUAUCUGAGAGACUGUGUAAUCACUUGAUCCCAUGCAAAAUUCCAUGUUGAUAUUGAUUUCUUCUGGCUAGUAAUUCUUUUGCAACUAUGAUUCCCAUCAGCAUACCUUCAAUAUGCUAAGCAAUUUCUCAUUGACUUGAAUGUUAUUUCUUCAUUUUAUGUGUGUCUUCACUUAUAUAACACACUCGUGUGUGUCCAAAAGUCAUUUCUGGCCUUCUCAUACUGAUACAGAUGAGUAACUUUUACAACUUUUAGCUAGGUUUAACCUAAAAGGCCCGACUUGCUUAAGAGAUCAAUCAGCUAUUUUCGACCAGAGGCAAGACUUGAUCUUUCAGACUAAGGCAAGCUUUCUGUUCUCUAGAAGACCCUGCACACUUCACAUGCACAUGAUAGUAUAUAUGACCACACAGUAGAGUUAUCUUUACCCAGAAGUUACACUAAAAGUACACAAUCAUUAACUCUAACCUCUAUAAGCAAAUAAUCAACAACUAUUUUUAAAGCACCUAAUUUGGCCCUAGACAAAUACAAAUUCUUUAUUUUUCCCAUAAUGUAAUGUUUGUUUGUUUGUUUUUCUUUUUGGAAAGACUGUGCUGCAAAGUAGAGAUCUGACUUUGAAGUCAGAAAGACACUAAUUCUGGGCCCAAGGCACAUCCCUUAAACCUCUUAGUGCCCCCAAUUAUUUUUCUGAGAUUAUAUACAUUGAAGAAUAGUAGCCAAUCACCACUGUUAAAGGGAUUUUCCUCACAAAUAGCCCCCAACUAAUUAAAUACCACUCUAGAUCAAAAAAUAAAAAGCAAAGAGAAUUUUAAUUAUUUGGAGAUGAGAUUGAGAAUAUGGAAGUUGAAAAUGCCAAUAGAGAAGCCUUUGAGAGAGGAAUUCUAAGAAUUGUUGUACAACCCAAUGACCCAUCACUUUAAUCAUAAUCCAUGACCAGAAAUAAUAUUUGAGGAAGCCAGUGCCUUUUUUCAUAAAUGAUAAUGCUUACCACAUUUAGCUUUUAUUACUCAAUUUUUGAGCUUUUUGAAUAAGAUAUUAGACUCGAAAUUUAGAAAGUGUCUUUUCUUCUUUCCUAUUGAAAGAUAAAUGCCUUUGAAAUUAAAAAAAUGCCAUGACCUAAUUAGCCUUACUGUGUAUUUCUUUAUCAAGAUUUAUUUUAUUUUGUUGCUAUUGUUUAAUUUUAUUAAAGCAAAAUAAGUGUUUUAGCACCUUAAUAUACACAAAGUAAUAUGCCUGAAGUAUUUCAAUGAAAUUGCACUAGCAUCAUGUUCCACAAAAAAUUUGUUGUUUACUUUUCAUUUAGAAUGUCAUGAUAUUUCCAUAAAAAUAUACAAACUAUAUAAGUAUAAUGGGGGCUUGGGAUCAUUCCUAGAUCACCUAAUGUGGAGUACCUUGCUUUUGGAAGAAGACAUCCUGUGUUCCCCUACUUUAUAGGGAGAAAUAGCACAUUUCUAUUAGCUUUUAGCCAGAACAGGUUUCAUCUUUUAAAAUUACUAGAUUGGGACACUCACUUGCAAAAUGCUCUCUGCAGAUUAUAGAGAGUGCUAGGAAAAGUGAAAAUCAUGCACAGUGAGAGUGCCAUAAACUGAUGAACUGAUGUCAGGGAAAAGAUUUCCUUCUCCUGCUUUCUCUUUUGGUCCCAUGAUCCUGAGAAAGAGAUUUUUUUAGGUAUAGAAAGCAAUCUCCAGGAACUUGAGAACAUAAAACAUGGCAACCUUGGAUUCAGAAUUCCAAGACAUUAAAAACAGUCAGUCCAGUGGGGAAGCUUGGAGUAGCCAUUGUGCUUGGGACUUAAGUCCAAAGAGGGUUUUGGACUUGGAUCUUGGGACUGUGCUGUAUAAGAAUUGAACUAAACUGGGAACCUAAUGCCCUCCCCCAGUUGUCACCAGAAUAUGAGAGGGAUGUAUGUCUCAUGUACUAGGGAGUCUCUGUAUACUUAUUAUAUUUUUGAAGUAAAACUUUCU